AUGGCACACAGCUGCUACCGUGUCUCACUAAUCCUGUUGACAUGCCUUGUGUUAGGUGUGACACUUUUCUUUAAUUACCUGGCAUCAGCUGAGGCCGGGCAAUCUCUUGGUAUCUACGAGAGCAAUACUGGUAACGUGUCUGAUUACUUCUACCUGGAGAUAACUCCUGCUGGUUGGACAUUCACGAUAUGGGCUUUCAUCUACGCAUGGCAAAUACUAUGGCUCGUAUACGGACUUUCUACCAUCUGCCGGAAAACAGAAAGCGGGAUUUACAUCUAUCAACUUCCGGUCAUGCCUCCUACAAUCUAUAUCACUUACAUUCUCAAUCUUGGAUUUAACAUUGCCUGGAUAAUACUAUUUGACCGGAAGUACGUAAACAUUUCUCUUCCAGAUGCCGCGCUCAUGGCAUUGACAUUGUACGUUAUACUUAUCAUUUCCUGUCGGGCAGUACGCAAUAACCUCAGUGUCUUGAUUAAAGAUGGCGCGGGUAAGGAAGCAUGGUUCAUACGCUUUUUCCUUCAGAACGGAAUAGCAUUUUAUGCCACUUGGGUCACUGUUGCGACUCAUCUUAACCUUGCCAUAGUUAUGUGUUACAGCGGAGGAGUAGCUAACGACAUCGCGUCUACCACUGCACUCAGCAUGUUGACAUUUUUCGUGAUUUUGUGGUUCAUGACGGAGAACAUCCUACUGGACAACUACACCAGAUACAUAUUCAGUCCCUACAUUGUCCUCGUAAUAGCCCUUACAGGGUCGAUUACGAAAAACUUCGACCUUGACCUUCGGUAUCGGAACUCGAUCCUCGCAGUAAUUCUUUUAGGUAUAUCUGGAUUUUUCGUUGUCUUGAAACUCAUCAUUAUUCUCAUUCGUCACAACCGUAAACCUUUGUCUCCAACUGUCUACAAACCCACUUCAACCGAAAAGGUCAUGAAGUCGAAUGCAUAA